UUGAUACUCUUGAGUCACAUGACCUCAGCACUGGAGGUGCCUCUUGAUCGUAAGUCCCCCCCCACUAUAACGCUACAGUCCCCGAAGGAUUACAUCUUUGAUCCGCGGGAGAACAUUGUCAUCCACUGUGAGGCCAAGGGGAAGCCUCAUCCCAGCUUUUCGUGGACAAGAAACGGGACCCACUUUGAUGUCGAGAAAGACUCCAAAGUCCUGAUGAAGCCCGGUUCAGGAACUCUUGUCAUUGACAUCAGCGGGGAAAAGGCUGAGGCCUAUGAGGGAACGUACCAGUGUACGGCACACAAUGAGCAUGGCACCGCUGUAUCCAACAACAUUGUCAUCAGACAGUCAAGGUCCCCCUUGUGGUCAAAGGAGAGAAAUGAGGCAAUCGUGGUGCAGAUGGGGGUCUCCCUGGUGCUGCAGUGCCGACCCCCUGCAGGGCUGCCCCCUCCUGUCAUCUUCUGGAUGGAUAAUAACUUCCAAAAGCUAACGCUGGAUAAACGAGUGUCCCAGGCUCUGAAUGGAGACUUGCACUUUUCCAAUGUUCUUCGAGAAGACACCAGGAACGACUACAUCUGCUAUGCUCGCUUCCCUUACACACAAACCAUCCAGCAGAAGCAGCCCAUCUCAGUCACCGUGCUGGACAGUAACCCAGAGGGGGAGCGUAAACCCGGUUUCAUGAUGCCUCUGGGCAAAACCAGCACCAAAAUGGUUCUGAGAGGGGGAACUCUGGAGCUGGAAUGCAUCGCUGACGGCUUACCUACUCCAGAGAUCUCCUGGCAGAAGGAUGGAGGAGAGCUGCCGAGCAGCAGGGCGGCCUUUUUUAACUUCAAGAAAACGCUCAAGGUUUCUGAUGUGAAUGAAGCUGAUGGUGGGGACUACCGCUGUACGGCCACAAACAACCUGGGCACUGCACACCACAUCAUCAAGGUCACUGUCAAAGCGGCUCCUUUCUGGGUCAGUGCUCCCAGGAACCUGAUCCUCGCCCCGAACGAGACGGGCAUCCUGACUUGUCGAGUUAAUGGAGAACCCAAACCCAAGAUUAGCUGGUUUGUCAAUGGGGUCCCCAUAGAGAAUGCACCUGAGGACCACAGUCGGAAGGUGGAUGCUGACACUGUGAUACUUAACAAUGUGCAAACAGGGUCCAGUGCUGUCUACCAGUGUAACGCAUCUAAUGAAUUUGGUUACCUGAUGGCAAAUGCUUUUGUCAACGUUCUUGCUGAGCCCCCUAGGGUGCUUACUCCACCUAACCGAGUGUACCAGGUCAUCACCAACAACCCUGCGUUACUUCACUGUGCAUCAUUUGGUUCACCAAUACCGACCAUCACAUGGUUCAAAGACAGUCAGACCAGCGUUAAGAAUGGUGACCCUUAUGUGAUCCAUGAGAAUGGCACAUUGGAGAUCCAUGUGGCCCAGCCAGUAAACAGUGGAAAGUACACCUGCAUUGCCACCAACAACUUGGGGAUCAAGGAGAACCAUGUCUAUCUGGAAGUUAAAGAGCCCACCCGUAUCUUGAAGCAGCCAGAGUACAAGGUGGUGCAGAAAGGAAUGAGCACUGUGUUUGAGUGUAAAGUCAAACAUGACCAAUCCCUCAUUCCCACCAUGACAUGGCUCAAAGACAAUGGAGAGCUGCCUAAUGGGAGGUUUGAGGUGGGCAUUGAAAGUCUGACCAUCAGAGACGUUACAGACGAAGAUGAGGGCACCUACACCUGCAUCAUGAACACCACCCUGGACCAGGACUCAGCCAGUGCCAUGCUGACUGUCGUAGAGGCUACUCCUCCUCCAGCUAUUGUCUACGAGGAACCUGACGCUCCAACUGAAUUGGAACUGACUGACCAGACAGAGAGGAGCGUUCAGCUCACCUGGGUCCCUGGAGACGAACACAACAGUCCCACACAGAAGUUUCUGAUCCAAUACGAGGAUCUGCUCCACCAGCCAGGAGUUUGGAUCAACCUGACGGAGGUCGAUGGUACUAGCUCGACAGCGCAAUUAAACCUCUCUCCGUACGUCUACUACUCCUUCAGAGUCCUGGGUCUGAAUCACGUUGGCUACAGCCAGCCUAGCCAGCCCUCGAGCCAAUACAGGACCAACCCUGCAGCUCCCGAUGAAAAUCCAUCAGAUGUUCAGUGUGUAGGAACAAAGCCUGGCAACUUGGUCAUCUCGUGGAAAUCGUUGACAGGAUUUCAGGCUAACGGGCCCAGCCUGGAGUACAAAGUGCAGUGGAGACAGAUUGACGUGGAUGAGGAUUGGUCCUCAAAGAAUGUGGCCAACGUUUCAGAGUUUGUUGUUACUGGAACUCCUAUCUACGUGCCCUACGAGGUCAAGGUUCAAGCUUUGAAUGAUUAUGGCAGCGGCCCUGAGCCUGAAGUAGUGAUUGGAUACUCUGGAGAAGACUUGCCUUUGUCUGCUCCUAAUAGUGUGCAGGUCAUGGUUCACAACAGCACACUUGCAGAGGUGCACUGGGAGCCUGUUUCUUUCCCCUCAGUUAGAGGAAAACUACAGGGAUACAAGGUAUACUACCGACGUGAGCGCGGCUUGCAUAACACUGAGGAGGACACAGAGCAGCAGGAGCAGGUUUUGACGUUCAGUGGGAAUCGUAGCGAGGGCCGUCUUCCAGGCCUCCAGCCUUACAGCCUCUACAACCUCACCAUCAGAGUCCUUAAUAACAAAGGAGAAGGGCCUCCUAGCCCCAGCAAGAUAUUUGAGACACCUGAGGGAGUCCCAGGGCCUCCUUCUUUUCUGGACACCAUAAACCCUAGUUUAGACUCUCUCACUCUAAAAUGGGGCCCACCAAUGAACAACAAUGGACGGCUUGCUGGGUACACACUGAAAUACCAACCAGUCAACAACACCAGUGAACUGGGGCCAGUCAAGGUCAUGACUUUCCUAGCCAACGAGACCACCAUUACCCUUGGCAACCUGAACUCCAGCAUGCUCUACAAGUUUCACUUAAGUGCAAAUACAAUCAAGGGCUCUGGCCCCAUCAUCACAAAGGAGGCCUUCACAGUCAUGGACACAAGUAAAGACGACUGGAAAAAGGAGUUGGUAAACGGUUCACACUGGCAUAUGAUUAAAGGUUUAAAGCCGGGGACGUCCUAUAAGGUGCGUGUGGUAGCUAGAGACCCGGCUGACCCGACAGUCCACAGCACAGACGAAGUGUUGGUCGCGGUGCCAGCUGUACCAAGUCGGCAGGUAGACAUUGCCACCCAGGGCUGGUUUAUUGGCCUGAUGUGUGCCAUCGCUCUCCUCAUCUUGGUCCUUCUCAUAGUGUGCUUUAUCAAGAGGAACAAGGGUGGCAAAUAUCCAGUGAAAGAGAAAGAAGAUGCUCACCAAGACCCAGAGAUCCAACCUAUGAAGGAGGAUGAUGGGACAUUUGGAGAGUACAGUGACACAGAGGACCACAAGCCGCUGAAGGGUAGCCGGACGCCGUCCAACGGGACGGUGCGCCGCGACGAGAGUGACGACAGCCUGGUGGACUACGGGGAGGGCGGGGACGGACAGUUCAAUGAGGACGGCUCCUUCAUCGGCCAGUACAGCGGCAAGAAAGAGAAAGACACACACGAAGGCAACGAGAGUUCGGAGGCCCCGUCGCCUGUCAACGCCAUGAACUCGUUUGUCUAACGAAGGGCCCCGAGGCCCGGCUGCGAUGGUUGCUAUGGCCACUCCUUGUCACCCUGGCAAGUGUGACCAUCUCUGUGGUGACAGUUGCUAAGGUGACGGUCGUUGUGGGCACCUACUUCUUACCAUGGUGGCUGUCACUCUGGUGGCACCUUCCCCAUGGCUACCUGUCACCAAGACUGCUGACACGCCCUCAUCUCCACACUCGCCAGCCCCUGUCACACUGUGACCUCUUCUUAUCUACACACACUCAACAAAGGCAAAGACACCACAUCCCCCAUUAACCAUUGAAAGAAGGUGUGAAACGAGGGAUGUCAGGACUCCGAAGGAAGAUGGAAGGAGAGAGGAAGCAAUAUAGAAAAGCAGAAGGAAUGUACCAGAGAGUUUUACCACUCAGACUGAGCAGAAGUGUGUGUGAGCGUGCGUGUAUGUGUUAGUGCCAUUUGAUCUCCUUUGCGAACAUACUAAACAUGGUGUAUCCAAAUAUAUAUUUUAUCAAAUUACAGUACGUGACCCGCAGGCAGGCAAAUAUGCAUUGAGUCCCGUUCAUAAACAUCUGCAUGGAGUAAAUCAUGAUUCUAUAAAGCAUUUUACCACCUUCGUGUUGCAGAGGUUAGCUGUGUGUUCAGACUGUAUAUGGUGCACGCCUACUAGCGACUGGGUAUUCCUUUUAUUGUUUCAGUCAGUGUUAAAUGGUGUAUGAUAUACAUAUAUAGAGGAAAAAAUGGUCUUUGGCAGGGUCUUUUUGGAUACUGUGACUCAAAAUAGAGGCUAGCAUGUCUUUUUGAGACAGAUGAAGUGUUUGUACAUAUGUAAUAGAAUAAGAAGCUAUAUUUCAUGGUGGGGGUUAUCCAUUUCUAGUCAUUGGAAACCUGGCUAGAAACACUUUGAACUCAGCGUUUGGUCACUAGCAAGCCAGCCAGGCAGAACUCCCACACUUAUCCCAAUCAGCCUGUUCUUAGCCACACGUUUUCUCCAGCUUUUUUUAUUGCUUGCAUUUAUUAACGUCUUUUUUUUGGCUUUUCCCUCCCAAUCCGUUCCUUUACACCGAGCCUAUGCUUCCUGCUACUGAGCACCAACUGAACACAAGCGGAGCUGUGAUUGAUCUAGUGUCAUUAUCAAGUGCUUCCACCCCCGAAUCGUGGCCACUGUGCAGGCCUUUAUCUAAAGGCGAUCGUGGCAUUUGUCAGAGCUACCCAACAUUGUCUCCAAUGCCACUUUAUCUAAUGGCAGAAAUGAGAGAGAGGAUGACAUACAAUAAAUGCACCUGAACAGGGUUAAGUGGUACACACUUUAGUUUCUGGAUAUUUAGUUGGUGAUCAAGAACCUCUCAGCACAGUUUCUAGUGCCUUCGUAGAGAACAGUGACUUAGAUCCACAGAGUUACAUCCCUAUUCAUACCCAGGAAAGACCUGGGAUCAGUGCAGUUCUUAAGGGUCCGUGAAUAUCUUGCAUACAGUCUACCACCCCAUAUUACUCAAAUGAAAAAUGGGAAAAGCUCUGUUCCAUAAUGUGUUUAUAAAGGCACAUUUAAGCUUUGUUUUGUGUGAUCUCAUCCAUGCAAGCUUACUUACUUAAAAUAGACUCUUUGAGUCUAAUUUUGGGGUCCAGGGUUCCUACACAGGUGUAAAAGCUAUUUCAAAAAUGACCUUUUUUACAGUUGUACACUGGUAUUAGUUGUGAGGACUAAUUUUCAGAUAUGGAUUGUUAUGGCUUUAUUGACAAUCAUACACCCAGUUAUUAACAUAUUGAAUUCAAACACACCGCCAGAUCAUACCAUCCAUCUAGGAAUUAAAGAAAAAUGUGCGGAAUAUGAAAUUGUGUAGGAAACCUGAGGUCAGAGCAUGGACACUGUUUUCAUGUAUUCAUGUCAAACAUUGUCCUCCUAACAUUCACCUUGAGGUUGAGCUCUUUCUCCAGCAGCAACAAACUACUGCCAACAUACUCACCAGGUAACUGCCAACGGGAGCUAGACUCACCAUCUGGUACAGACUUCUGAUAGAACGAGACUUAAUGUCACUGGUAGCACUUAGAAAUGAAGGGGGUCGGAAAAUUGCGUAAUGAUACUGAAUGUGGAAGCAGGUGUAUCUGUUUAUGUGAAUGAAAAUAUUGCUUGUUUCACUGCAAAUGGUAAACACACUGGUGACUUUGGUUUAUGCAUUUAACCUUAUAUCUGUGUAUGUUGUCUGAGCGCAGCACUCAGUGAGUUUUCUACUCCUGUAAAUGAAUGAAGCUUGUGUGAAUGUCUGGGUGCACAAGUGUGCGUACAGUAUGUGUGCGUGUGUGUGUCUGUGUGUGCAGCACAUGCAUGCUACUGUGUUACGGCGUGCGUGAGGUAUAAUAUCGCUUUUACAUGGAAAACCGUCUAUAAUUCUGAUGUGUGUGUCUCCUCGCAACGGAGGAUACUAGAGCUUUUUUUUUUCAGAGAACAUUACCACGUCUUAGGUUUAUCAUAACUUGCAUCAAGUUUUUUCCGUGUCAGCGUUCCACAUGUAGAUAUUUUUGUUGUAUUUUGUAAAUAAUGGCUUGACUUGAGAGGAGAUCUUUUGAGGUCAGAGGUGAGAGCUUGACCUGAAUUGGUCCCACUGCAUUAUGGGUAGGAGGGUGUUGUGUGAGAUGAGACUCUUUACAGUUUUCACUAUUUCAUUUGCUGUGAACUUAUUUUUAUUUCUUCAAUUUUUUUUUAACUUGUCAGGUGAAUUUGCUAGCUCAAAUGUUUAGCCUAUCAGGUAUCAAAGGAGAUUAUUUAACUUGUGACUGAGCUCUUGUGACACCUGUAUUGUUUCUGUCUCUGACAGUUCAUGCACCUUUUCUGUAUUUUUUAUAAAAAGGCACACACUUAAACAGGAUGUCAUUUCAAACUCAUCUGUUCAUCUAGUUUCCGACUACAUGUGGCGUCUAAAAGCAGAAAGCUGGAAAACUGUUGUCCCAAAAAUAAUCAUCCGAAAAACUGACACAUCCUUUUUAAGAGUGGGCACAUAAAAAAAGAACACAAGGUCUAAUUUGGAGCAUACAGAAGGAGGGCCGGCAUGGACGGAAAGCAAGACUGGCAUAUUAGAGUGUGAAUACCCCUGAAACAAUGUUCUAGUGACUGGUGAACAUACAGUAGGAUAAACAGUAUAUGAUAUGAUAUAAUAUGACAUUCUGGUUAAUGUUUAAGCUAAAUGAGAAGCAUGAAAGGCUGUCGAAAUGGUUUACUCUACAAUAUAAUAUUGCAAAAAUAUUUUGUAUUUUAAAUGAAGUU